GUUUGGUAGGUGUGCCGGGGUGUGGCUGGCAUCGGCUGGGCACUCCUAUGGGCGCACUGUGCUGUGGGCUCUACUCUACGAAAUCCCUGGGUCCUCAGGGUAACCCAGGGCGGGUCACAACUUUACAGAUGAGGAAACUGAGGCUCAGAGAGGUGAACCCAGGUGACACGGUUGGUGGGUAGAUUCAAAUCCAGUUAUAUUUCACCCCAAAGCCUUUGCUGUUAGCCAUACGCUUCCCUGGAUGAUUAUUGCUUGCCCGUGGCCGGGGUUUACAGAUCCUGGGCAGGCAGUGACCUGGCUUCAGUUCAGGGUGGUAGACCUAGUGUGCGCUCAGUUAUUGGCACAUUACAGAGUUGGGCAAAGUCCACAGAAUCAGGACUCCAAAGACCAGAGUUGCAGGCUGGUUUUGCUACAGUCCAGGCCGUGUGACAGAUCCCUGAGCUUGAGGAGCAUCAGGCUCCCCAGUAUAAACAGGGCUGUGGCGAGACUCAAAUGAAUAAUGGCAGUGAGGGUGGCUAGGUGCCUGAGGAUGACAUCUGAAUUUUUAAUUAACUUAGAGAGCUCUUGGGUUUUGACGUAGUUGAGCUCCCCAAGGUCAUGACGGAUGGAUGCCAUGUUUGGUUGGCUGAUGCCAAACACUCUGUGUUUGGGGAGCUGAAAGUCUGUUGGAGUCCUCAAAGUCCUCUUUGGAAAGAAAGGUGGGGUGGGGGGGUGCCCAGAAUGGGAAAAAGGUCUGCCAGCGUCACACAGUGGGCUGGUGGCAAAUAUGGCCACACGCAGGUCGCCUGGCUUGCCGCUGUGCUCUUUGCAUCAUGCCCUGAUGUUUGCUGUUUACUCACCAAGGAACAGACUAGGCAAGGCAGACAAGGCACGGCGCUGGAUACCCCGCUGCCCUCGUGGAACUUACAGUCCAGCGACCAGCCACCCACUUGUGGAGAAGAUUGCCCCAGGAAAAGAAGGAUGCCACUCUUCUUCCGGAAGCGGAAACCAAGUGAGGAGGCUCGGAAACGCCUGGAGUACCAGAUGUGUCUGGCGAAAGAAGCUGGGGCAGAUGACAUUCUCGACAUCUCCAAGUGUGAACUCUCGGAGAUUCCAUUUGGGGCUUUUGCAACAUGCAAAGUUCUGCAGAAGAAGGUGUUGAUUGUCCACACGAAUCACCUCACGUCUCUGCUCCCGAAGUCCUGUAGCCUCCUGAGUCUUGCAACCAUCAAGGUUCUGGACCUUCACGACAACCAGCUGGCAGCCCUCCCUGAAGAUAUCGGGCAGCUGACGGCCCUGCAGGUACUGAACGUGGAAAGGAACCAACUGACAUACCUCCCACGCUCCAUCGGGAGCCUGAUCCAGCUGCAGACCCUCAAUGUGAAGGACAACAAGCUGAAGGAGCUUCCAGACACCCUGGGGGAACUGCGAAGCUUGCGCACUCUCAACAUCAGUGAAAACGAGAUUCAGAGGUUGCCUCAGAUGCUAGCGCACGUCCGAACCCUUGAGACUCUGAGCCUCGACGCUGCGUCCAUGGUCUACCCCCCGCAGGAGGUGUGUGGCGCCGGCACCGAGGCCAUUCAGCAGUUCCUCUGCAAAGAGUCAGGGCUGGAAUACUACCCUCCUUCUCAGUACCUGCUGCCAGUCCUGGAGCAAGAUGGAGCCGAGAACUCCCGGGACAGCCCUGAUGGGCCCACGGACAGGUUCUCCAGGGAGGAGGUAGAGUGGCAGAACAGGUUCUCAGACUAUGAGAAGAGGAAGGAACAGAAGAUGCUGGAGAAACUGGAGUUUGAGCGCCGCCUGGAGCUGGGGCAGCGAGAGCAUGCACAGCUCCUGCAGCAGAGCAACAGCCAGAAGGACGAGAUCCUCCAGACAGUCAAGGAGGAGCAGUCUCGGCUGGAGCAGGGCCUGAGCGAGCACCAGCGCCACCUCGACGCAGAGCGCCAGCGGCUGCAAGAGCAGCUGAGGCAGACGGAGCAGAGCAUCUCCCUUCGGAUCCAGAAGCUCCUGCAGGAGAACCAGAGGCAGAAGAAAAGCUCAGAGAUCUUGAAGUCGCUGGAGAAUGAAAGAAUAAGAAUGGAACAGUUAAUGUCCAUAACCCAAGAGGAGACAGAGAACCUGCGGCGCCGUGAGAUUGCCUCUGCUAUGCAGCAGAUGCUGACCGAGAGCUGUAAGAACCGGCUCAUCCAGAUGGCCUACGAGUCUCAGAGGCAGAACUUGGUCCAGCAGGCCUGUUCCAGCAUGGCCGAAAUGGAUGAGCGGUUCCAGCAGAUUCUGUCGUGGCAGCAGAUGGACCAGAACAAAGCCAUCAGCCAGAUCCUGCAGGAGAGCGCCGUGCAGAAGGCUGCCUUCGAGGCGCUCCAGGUGAAGAAGGACCUGAUGCACCGGCAGAUCAGGAACCAGAUUAAGUUAAUAGAAACUGAGUUAUUGCAGCUGACACAGCUGGAGUUAAAGAGGAAAUCCCUGGACACAGAGGCACUACAGGAGAUGGUCGCAGAGCAGCGCUGGGCCCUCAGCAACCUGCUCCAGCAGCUGCUCAAAGACAAGAAGCAGCGGGAGGAAGAGCUCCGGGAAAUCCUGGCGGAGUUAGAAGCCAAAAGCGAAACCAAGCAAGAAAAUUACUGGCUGAUUCAGUAUCAGCGGCUUUUGAACCAGAAACCCUUGUCCUUGAGGCUGCAGGAAGAAGGCAUGGAGCGCCAGCUGGUGGCCCUCCUGGUGGAGCUGUCUGCUGAGCACUACCUGCCCAUCUUCGCCCACCACCGCAUCUCGCUGGACAUGCUGAGCCGCAUGAGCCCUGGGGACCUGGCCAAGGUGGGUGUCUCCGAGGCUGGCCUGCGGCACGAGAUCCUGCGGAGAGUCCAGGAGCUGCUGGAGGCAGCCCGGCUGCGGCCAGAGCUGCUGAAACCACCCAAGGAUGAGGUCCUCGGGGACCUGGAAUCCCCCACUGCCCCCGAAGAGCUGCCUGGGUCAGUGAGGCCAUCGGCGCCCCCUGCAGAGCUGGAGGCGCAGGCCUCGGAAUGUGUGGUGUGCCUGGAGAGGGAGGCCCAGAUGAUCUUCCUCAACUGCGGCCAUGUCUGCUGCUGCCAGCAGUGCUGCCAGCCCCUGCGCACCUGCCCGCUGUGCCGCCAGGACAUUGCCCAGCGCCUCCGGAUCUUCCACAGCAGCUGAGCCGGCUACACGCCCCUGCCGCCUGCCAGGGCUUCCGCUCCCCCACUCUGGCCAGACUCAGACGCCCUGUCCUGGACCUGCCCCCCAACCUGGGAGGCGCCCCACCACCCUCCAUCUGCAGGCGGGGCGGGGCUGGCGGGGCGGGGCCGAGGCUGGUCUGGAUAUUGUGAAGGAAGAGAGAGGACCCUCAGGUCAGGAGGACGGGUCUGGGAGAGGAGAGGCGGCAGUGCCGCCAGAGGACAGAGGACCCGGUGUCCUGGCCAGUGUGGCUCUGCCACUUGCCAGCUGUCUGACUGGGGGAUGGUGGGAGUUGCAGGGGGCCCCUGGCCAAGGGGAGGUGGGUCCACAGUGGAACAAGGGUGCAGCUGCAGGGCUGCUGUGCACUGUCCAGGGACGUGUCCAGUGCAGACCUGGUGCCCCAAGCACCGCUGGCCCCUUCUCACUUCCUCCUGCUCCCCAGGGCACUGGACCCCUCCUCUCUGGAACUUGUACCUCCUCCCCCCAGGUAGCUCAAGGGAGGGCAGGUGACGGGCUUUGCAGACUCAGCGCAGGAUUGUCAAUAAAGGCACCUCCAGCCUGCUCCCCCCGGGUCAUCACUGGCUCCCCACGAGCCUGGGGAGGGGUGAGAAGAGAGCUUGGGGCCCGGCAGGGGUUGGAGCCCGAACGCCGGGCGCAGGCUGUCCCUCGCUCGGUUCCAGGAGCAGCGCGCACCUGCGCUUGCUGUGGAGCACAUUCAUCGUGCACUUCCCGGCAGGUGGUUAUAAGCCAAGGACAGCCUUCCCUUUGGGCUGGAGGCAGGCCUGGCUCCCCUGGCUCACCCACCCCGGCCAGCCUCCCCGCCUCCGUGUGCUGGGACGUGGAGGCCGCCUUCGGGCCAGUGGCCGCCAGGGGGCGCUGAGUGCUCACUGCUUUCUCUACCCCAUGGGGACCCGUGGUCUUGCUGGGUGAACCAGGACAGGGUGUGGCUCCACUUUCUGAGCAGCAACUGCAGCCUCCGCCACGAUGAUCUCUUCCCCUGGGGAACCUGUGAUGCACCCCCCGCCCCACACUCCCUCCUGGGUUCAGCUUGGCCAGGAAUGGAAAGAGGCGGCGGCCACCUCCCAGGGCACAGCGCUUAGGUUCUUGGAAUCUUCUCUAGGCCUGGGGGAAAGCUUUUCUGAUCCUGGCUCACAGACAAGGGGCCUGAGCUUGAGUUUAGUCACGUCAAGGACAGCAAGUCUGCAGUAGAAUCCCUGGCCUUGGCCCCCACGCCCCCUCCUAGGCCUCAGCUCAACCCUUGCUGACAAGCUCUUGGCCACCGGCCAUGUGGACAGGCUGGCACCAGGAGAGCCGCCGUCCCCCAGACUGGCCGCCAGUCUCCCAGGAGGGACAUCAUGGAUGUUAGCGCGGAUGGGGAAAGCCGUCCCCGCCAGCUGUGGGAGGGGUGUCUGUGCCCCAUAACCUCAGCCGAGGUUCCUACCUCCUGCGCCUGUUUACACCGUGGUGACAGGGUGGCGAUGGGGGCACCCGGCUCCUGGGCCUGCAGCCCACGAGGUACACGCCCCCUGGACACGAGCUGUGGGAGCCCUGAAGAGCCGCCAUGAGCCCUUGGCCCACCCCCACUGCGGGCUCCCAGGACCAAGUGGCCUUAAAGUCGCUGACAAAUCUUUUGGCCUCACGGUCCCCAAGGCUGCCUGAGGACCACCCUGCAUGGACCCCCUGAGCAACCCACCUGAGCUGCCAUCAGGUCGGUCACCUGUGCACUCUGCGCCCCUUUUCUCUGAACCUCAGUUUCCUCCUCUGUAAAGUGGAAUAGGAAUUCAGCUUGCACCGGAGGUACCAGCCAGGCCAUGAGCUCCGAAAGCCAAGGUGCGGGUGCUCCUGGACGUGGCCUCUGUCCAGAUCUCCUCCUGCCACGGCCUGCCCCCCCACACACAUAGACACAGGCCACUGGCCUUAAAUAAAGCAUUUAUUGAUUAGUAGUAGAAGCUUAAACAGUUUGCAUAAUAUUUUCAAUACAAUAUCUGGGAACGAUGGUUGAAAACCCCAAAGGCACUAGAGUCUUAAGACAGAAUGUGUCUGCAGAAGAGCUUACUGAUGAAAUUGAGAUCAGGGCUGGGGGCCUGGAGAGGGGGGUCCCUGAGCACCAGCCACAUGUCCUGUGGGUCCCAGGCCCC